CCUUAAUACGAUUACAUUUCCUCCCUUCCUCCCUAGAAGACUACCCCCGUCGAGAUCCUCUCUCUUGCCUUUGUCCCUCUCCCGUCGCCUCUCUGCCCAGACCUCCUACCCCUCGUUUCUCCCCCUUUCUCGUAACCACUCUCCCUCCCCCAAAUCCAGAGCCUUAGGUCGUCGCCGCCACGCUUCGAAGCCCUACAAGGCAGGCCAUUUCUCUGCCCCCGCACAUCUCUUCAUCUGCCAUCGCUCUCUCAUCGUCUCUCUUCGGCCCUGCCCGUCCAUAAUUCCACGGGCAAAGGCAGAAAUGUCGAUAAGCUCCUCGGCGUGCCCCAUAUCGCCACCGGCGACCUCAUUUUCCAUGACCUCUCUUCGUCUGGUCCCCUCUCUUCUCAGGCAAGGCUACUGUGAAGUUGCCAUAUGUAAGUUCCAAAGCUUAUUAUUAUGCUUUUAAUUCCCUGUGAUAUGUCUCCUUGCAGAACCAAAGGAAAUAGGCAAUGAAUGUGAUCAUCUCAUUUUGCAUCCCUUCUAGCAGAAUUCGCAUAUAGUUUCUUGAAUGAACAAAGUCUUUCGACCCAUGGGAAAGAGCUAGGGCAACUCCAAGCCAAGGUUGAACUGGAAAAAGGCAAAUAUGUUGGGCGAGGUGAUUUUUACCAAGUUCGGUUCUCCGAAAUGAUUCUUUACCAAAAUUGGAACCCAAAAUCUUGCCAAGCAACAAAUGGAACAACGCCUCAUCCCUUCACCCAGUGCGAAAACCGUUGUCCUCAAUCACAACCAACCUAUGAAAAACCUGCAAAGUUUCAUCUUGAAACUCGCCCAAGCUCACCCAAACACGGCCUUGGAUCCACCCACCGAAACCCUCCUCCGGGAUCGCCUCGACCGCUUCGUUUCCGACUACAGAACCCCCGACCACCCCCCUUACUCUCAUAUGAUAGAAGACGCUCUUAAGGAGUUGAAUGAGAAAGCAGGCUCCACCAAGAAAUCUAUAUCCCAGUAUCUAGAGAAAAAGUACGAUAAUCUGCCUGGGGCGCAUACUGUAUUACUAAAACAUCAUCUGGAGAAAGCUUGUAAAGAACGUCAGAUUAAAGUGACUUGUACAAAGAAAUAUCGGCUGGCUGGGAGUCUGAAUUCGGGUGCAAAAGUCAAGAGGAAACCACAAAAGAGUAAGUGGAAAUGGGAGUGUGAGAGGCAGAAACACCACCAGCUCAAAAUAAGAUUGGUCAAGACAAGAAGUGACCAGAGAGGCGAAGCAAUCAACAAAUGUGACGAGCAAGAACAACCUUUAACUGAAAACGGGGAGGAUCAGACGAAAAGUUUACAUAGCAAUCCUUCUUGUGUUGAUGGAGGAGAGAAAAAUUUUCAUAGCAAUCCUUCAAUUUUGUACGAGGAGCCUCUGGGCAUGAUUUCUGAAAUGAAAUACUCCGAGGAGGUAAGGUCACAGCAGAAAAAUGGCCCUUCUUCAGUUGCAGAAGCAGUGCAUCAAGGAAUGGAACACUUGGAGCAUGAGCAGCCCGAACUUUCCACCCCUGAAAGGCCUCCAGGUUUUGAGUCGGUUAGAGUUGAGAAUUUACAUCAGCUAGAUGUUGUGGAUGUCAUGAACGCCAACGAAAAAUCUAAGUUGCCUGCAGUGCUUCAGAAGGAGCAUGUGUUUGAGCCAUAUAUGACGACUAUAGAUUCUUCGGAGUUUGCAUUGUCGACUGAACAAGAAUCCAAAGGACAGCUCCCAUCGCAAAAAACAGAGACUUUCCAAGGGAAGCAACUACGAAGGAGUCUGAGAACUCGGCCCCCUGCCAAACCCGGUGUUGCAGCUGCAUUGCCGCCAGAAGGUUGUCCUGAAGUGCGUCCGGUAAGAGUCUCCAGGCGUCUAGGGGCAUCGUUGAAGCAAAGACCUAGGAGCUGGCCACCCCCAAAACCAAUGAAAACCACCUCUAUGGACGAACCGCAGGAUUCUCCCAAAUUUCAAAAGCAAAGAAUGCAGCUACUCAAACAAAGUCCAGUGAAGAAUCUAAAAGUUGUGGAUGACUGCAGAGAACAAGAACUCGAGCAAUUGGGGAAACUUACUGAAUGCAGUCCUAUGCAUGAAAAGAUGGAGGUCUUGCCACCAGAUAACUCUAAGCCGCAGGCACUAAAAGAACAACGGCUUGGAAGAACACCAAACGGACGUUCGGCCAGGCUCCUGAAAUGAAGAUGACGCCGCCUCCUGACCACGAUUAACUUCUAAAACCGAACUUGCUUGACUUUGGAUGAGCAAGGCCUAGGCAUGGGAAUGCUACCUUGUUCGAGGAGAUUAGGUGGUUGGAGGCUUCAAAAAAUUGUGAUUUUAGCUGAACCCUGAUUUCUCUAUUUGAUUCACUUAUUUAUUUAUUUAUUUAUACUAAUAAUAUCGACUUGAAUAA